CGCGGGCGGUUCCGGUUCCGGCUCCGGUGCCGCCGCGGUGCCGCCAUGCCCGAGGCGCUGGCGCUGCUGGGCCGGGUCCCCGCGCACCCCGAGUCGCGCUGCUGGGCCCUGGCCUGGAGCCCCGGCGGGGCCCUGCUCGCGUCCUGCGGCGGAGACCGCACCGUGCGCGUGUGGGGCCGCGACGGCUCGGGCUGGGCGUGCCGGGCGGUGCUGGCCGACGGGCACCAGCGCACCGUGCGCAGGGUGGCCUGGUCGCCCUGUGGCCACUACCUGGCCUCGGCCAGCUUCGAUGGCACCACGUGCGUGAAGCGCCAGGACGGCGCCUUCGAGGUGGUGGCCACUCUGGAGGGCCACGAGAACGAGGUGAAGGCGGUGGCCUGCCCCUCGGGGUCACUGCUGGCCACCUGCAGCCGCGACAAGAGCGUCUGGGUGUGGGAAGUGGACGAAGAGGAGGAGUACGAGUGCGUCAGCGUCCUCAACGCCCACACGCAGGACGUCAAGCACGUGGUGUGGCACCCCAGCAGGAGCUGCCCCCACUGCAGACUCCUGGCCAGUGCCAGCUACGACGACACGGUGCGGCUGUACCGGGAGGAGGAGGACGACUGGGUGUGCUGUGCCACCCUGGAGGGGCACGAGUCCACCGUGUGGGCAGUGGCCUGGGAGCGCUCCGCCGGCCAGCGCCUGGUGUCCUGCAGCGAUGACCGGACCCUGCGCGUGUGGCAGCGCUUCGAGGAGGGCAACGAGGAGGGCGUGCCGUGCAGCCGCUCCGAGCCCAGCUGGAAAUGCGUCUGCACCCUGUCAGGGUACCACGGGCGCACCAUCUACGACGUGGCUGGUCAGUGCCACCUGACGGGCGCGGUGGCCACGGCGUGCGGCGACGACGCCGUGCGGGUGUUCGAGGAGGUGACCCCGGCGUCCCCGGGGUGCCCGGUCACCUUCAGCCUGGCCGCCCACGUGCCGCGGGCGCACGCCCAGGACGUCAACGGCGUGGCCUGGCACCCGCGGGAGCCGGGGCUGCUGGCGUCCUGCGGGGACGACGGCGACAUCGCCUUCUGGCGCUACCAGCGGGCCCGAGGGGGCUCUGAGGGCACCUCCAGGAUGAUCCAGUGGCCUCCAGGAGCCUCUCGUGGCCUCCAGGAUGACCCAGUGGCCUCCAGGAUGAUCCAGUGGCCUCCAGGACUUCUCGGUGGCAUCCAAGACCCCUCCCAUGCUUGCCAAGACCACCCGGUGUGCUCCGGGACCUGCUCGUGUUCCCCAGGACCCUCCCAGCGUCCUCCAGGACAUCUCAGUGUCCUCCCAGUGUCCCCCAGGACCAUCUCAGUGUCCCCCGGGACCCUUUUUGUGGCCUCCAGGACCCUCCCAUGUCCUCCGGGACCCCCCCAGUGUCCCCAAGACCUUCCCAGUGUCACCCAGGACCCUCCCAGUGUCCUCCGGGACCCUCCCAGUGUCCCCAGGACCCUUUUUGUGGCCUCCAGGACCCCCCAGGUGUCCCCCAGCCUCCCCUCCCUCCCCAUUCGGAUGCUGCGGGUCGGGAUCAUCGGGAUCAUUGGGAUCAUCAGGAUCAGGGUCAGGGCGGGUUUGGGAUCCCCAAAUGGAUCCAGGUGGGACUUUGUGCCCCAAAUAAAUCCAGCGAUUUCUGGGAAAAUCCUCGGCUCUUCCCUUCCCCAGGGGUUUGGGGUCGGCUGGAACCCCAAGGGCCUGAAGGAGUUUGGGGUGCAGGAAUUUGGGAUCCAAAUGUUUGGGGUCUGGGAGUCUGGGAUCCGGGAGUUUGGGAUAUGGGAGUUCGGGAUCCGGGAGUUUGGGGUCCAAAUGUUUGGGAUCCAGGAAUUUGGCAUCCAGGAGCCAAGUUCGGGAUCAAAAAGUAUUUGGGAUCCAGAAGUUUGGGGUCCAGGAAUUUGGGAUCCAGGAAUGAAGGAUCCAAAUGUUUGGGAUCCAGGAGUUCAGGGUCCGGGAGUUGGGAUCCGGGAAUUCGGGGCCCCUUUCCUCCCCACAGCACCGAGGCCGAGUCGGAUCCAAAGUUUAUUCCAACCUAAAAAAAGCUCUGUACAAAACAUCCCCGAAAGCCAACGGGAACGCGGGAGGGGGGACUGGGGGCAUUUUAUGGGAUUUUCAGGGGGUUUUAUGGGAUUUUUAUAG